CCCUGUGUCUCUCAAGUCCUGAGCUGGGUUGAGGAGCUGACAGGGUGCAGGGAACGAAGAACCGAGGUUCUGGGUCUUCCCUCACCCUCCCCCCAGCUGUGGAGGAGGACAUCAUCUCGCCUGUGGUCUCACACUGAACCAAGAGCUCACCAGUCCAGCUAGCCAGCCGGCCCAGAAACCUGCCUGUGUCCACCUCACGAGCACUGGGAUUACAGCUCGGCUCCGGGAUCCGCAGCCCCGGCGACUCCGCGCGCGCCAUGCCGUCCCUGCUGCUCCUCGGGACCGUCGCGCUGCUGGCGUCCGCCGCGGGCUCGGCUGGGGAGCGCCCCAACAACGGCUCGAGCGCCGGGGGCCCGGGCCCGCUGCCGGCGCUGCUCGCGCACCUGCGGCGCCUGACCGGGGCCCUGGCGGGCGGCGGGGGCGCGGCGGGCACGGGCGGCACCGCCACCGCCAACAACGCGUCCCGGAGCGGCCCCGGCGCGGGCGCGGGCGCGGGCGCGGGCGCGGCGGCGAGAGCGCCCCCUCCGGCCGAGCUGUGCCACGGCUACUACGAUGUCAUGGGCCAGUACGACGCCACGUUCAACUGCAGCACCGGCUCCUACCGCUUCUGCUGCGGCACCUGCCACUACCGCUUCUGCUGCGAGCACCGCCACAUGCGCCUGGCGCAGGCGUCCUGCUCCAACUACGACACGCCGCGCUGGGCCACCACGCCACCGCCGCUGGCCGGGGGCGCCGGGGGCGCAGGGGGGGCGGGCGGGGGACCAGGACCUGGCCAAGCCGGGUGGCUGGAAGGGGGCCGGGCCGGGGGUGCUGGGGGACGUGGGGGUGAAGGCCCGGGGGGCAGCACGGCCUACGUGGUGUGCGGAGUCAUCAGCUUCGCCCUGGCCGUGGGCGUCGGCGCUAAGGUGGCCUUCAGCAAGGCGUCGCGUGCGCCCAGGGCGCAUCGAGAGAUCAACGUGCCUAGGGCCCUGGUGGACAUUCUGAGGCAUCAAGCAGGCCCUACAACCCGCCCAGACCGGGCCCGAAGCAGCUCCCUCACCCCAGGGAUCGGAGGCCCGGAGAGUAUGGCCCCCAGAACGCCCAAGAACCUCUACAACACGGUGAAGCCCUCCAACCUCGAUAACCUGCACCUCAACGUCAACAGUCCCAAGUACCACGCUGCCACACUGGACUGGCGGGCCAUGCCUCCCCCCAGCCCCUCCUUGCGCUACUCCACGCUGUCCUGUUCUCGGUCCUUCCACAACCUCUCGCAUCUGCCCCCCUCCUACGAGGCUGCUGUGAAAUCCGAGUUGAACCGCUACUCCUCCCUCAAGAGACUAGCUGAGAAAGAUCUGGAUGAAGCCUACUUGAAGCGCAGGCACCUGGCAGAGAUGCCCCGCGGGACACUGCCCCUGCAUGCACUUCGGAGACCUGGCACUGGAGGCGGCUACCGCAUGGAUGGCUGGGGUGGUCCUGAGGAGCUGGGUCUGGCACCUGCACCCAACCCACGGCGGGUCAUGUCCCAGGAGCACCUGCUGGGUGACAGCCGGGCCUCCCGCUAUGAGUUCACACUACCUCGGGCUCGCCUAGUAUCACAGGAGCACCUGCUGCUGUCCUCCCCCGAGGCCCUACGUCAGAGCCGGGAGCACCUGCUGUCACCCCCACGCAGUCCUGCACUGCCCCCAGAGCCCACCACGCGGGCCAGUCUAGCUGCCUCUCACUCUAACCUGCUGCUGGGGCCUGGGGGGCCCCCCACACCACUGCAUGGGCUGCCUCCAUCGGGCCUUCAUGCCCAUCAUCACCACGCCCUUCAUGGCUCUCCCCAGCCUGCCUGGAUGUCCGAUGCUGGUGGAGGUGGGGGCACACUGGCCCGCAGGCCACCCUUCCAGCGCCAGGGCACCCUAGAGCAGCUGCAGUUCAUCCCUGGCCACCACCUCCCCCAGCACUUGCGUACUGCCAGCAAGAACGAGGUGACUGUCUGAGGCCCAGGCAGGGGUGUUGGGAGGUGCGCCUCCUAGGCCCCCUCCACCCAGCCAGGAUCCCCAAUACAGGCUCCCAACCCCCAGGGGUCUGAGACCAGAUGAGCCCUCAGAUGGGAGACAAAGCCUCCUUUCAGGAUGUCACAACAGACAAGAUCUCUCCUACUGUGUCACUGUUUCAACCAAGGCCUUUCCCAUGAUGUCAUCACAGAGGAAAAGGCCCACCUAUGAGGUCACUAGAGGCUUGUCUAUGUUCCACAACAUCGCCACAAAGACUUCCUUCUAUGUUGUCACAAUGCCUUGUCCCAUGCCACCAUCCCUUAGAGACAAAGAUUCUUUCCUGCCAUGUCACCGCUGAGACAAGUCUCUCCCGUCUGAUGUCAUCUUGAGCUACAAGACCUCUUGGAACAUCAUUACCGCAGGGGAAAUAGUUUCUUCCUCUUGUCUUUUCUAUGGAGAAGAUGCCUCCACCCCAUGACGCCAUCACUCCAGACAAAGCCAUUUUCCUGCGACACGUCACAGGGGACUAUGCCCUGACGACUGUGUCCACAACUAAGAUAAGGCCUCCUUUCCACAACACUGUCACAUGGGACUCUGACUCCCUUCCAUGAUGCCAUCACCAGAGUAGGUACCUUGCCCUGUGGCACUAUCAGAAGGACCGUGCCUCUCCCUACAAUAUCAUCACUAGAAAUGACAAUCUGCUCCUGGGACCUUCUCCAAGAUGAGGCCAUUCUGUCAUGUCACCACUAAACACUACCCACUUGGAGAUGACACCAGAAGACACCUCCACGUGUUGUGAGAAGGCAGACAAUGCCACCCAUGGAAGAUGCAAGAGAAAGUGCCCUGUCCUGAAAUAUCAUCUGAAGGGUAUCAGCACUGUGGAGGCCAGGAUGAUGCUCUUUUUGUUGGUGGUGAUGCCCACCCAUACUGUGAUGUUAUCACCCGGAGCUUCCUUCUCAGAGGCUAUGCCCACUCUGGAAGUAAUGGCGUUGCCAAUGUUCUGCCUCACCCCUCCCAUAACUUGGCCUAUUGGCUUCUUCCCCUGAUCCCAGGGACAUGACCAAUGGCAUGUUUGCCACACCCUCUAAAGGGAGGUUGGGCCUCAGGUCCUGGCCCUGUGUGCUGAGUCCUUGGGAUGGUUCCCAUGGAUGGAUUUCUGCUCUUAUGAGGUCACUCUGACCCACUAGGCUCCCAGGGUCCUGGGACUUAUGGGGGGGCCAAAGGCUGGCAUCACUACUUUCUGCCAUAUCUAAAGACAUCAACUCUGUCAACAAAGUCCUCACCUCCUAUUGGAGGGGAAGGAUGAGGGGGUGUGCUGUUCACCUUAUCAGUGAUGUCAUCAGUACCACACACAGUAGAACAUCUAUUUCCUAGGAUUUCCUAACACUCAUGUCGUAUUAUCCCCUUCCAAUAUAUACCACCACUAAUAGUGCCAUAAUCAUCUCCCAAGAUUCCUCACAACCAGGCAGCCAUCACCUCCCAGGAUCCACCAUUCCAUGUUGCCAUCAUCAUUUCCCAGGAUCCACCAGACCGUGCUGUCGUCCUACCUUCCAGAAUCCACCACUCCAUGUUGUCAUUAUCACUUCCAAGGAUCCACCACACCAUGCUGUCAUGACUUCCCAGGAUUUACUACACCGUGCGGUCAUCGCCUCCCAGGAUCCACCAUACCAUGCUUCAUCACCUCCCAGGGUCCACCACACUAUUCUGUCAUCACUUCCCAGGAUUUACCACACCAUGCUGUUAUCACCUCCCAGGAUCCACCACACCAUGCUUCAUCACCUCCCAGGAUCCACCACACCAUGCUUCAUCACCUCCCAGGAUUUACCACACCAUUCUGUCAUCACCUCCCAGGGUCUACCACACCAUGCUGUCAUCACCUCCUACCACACCAUGCUGUAUCAAUUAAUUUCCCGUUGCUAGGACAAAGUACCUGAGAAGUAGCUUAAGAAAAAAAAGGAUUCCCAGGCGUGGUGGUGCACGCCUUUAAUCCCAGCACUCGGGAGGCAGAGGUAGGAGGAUUGCCAUGAGUUUGAGGCCACCCUGAGACUACAUAGUGAAUUCCAGGUCAGUCUGAACUAGUGUGAGACCCUACCUUGGAAAAGAAGAAGAAGAAGAAGAAGAAGAAGAAAGGAAAGGAAAGGGUUUAUUUUCUGCUUGCAAUUUUGAGGGGAAGUCCGUCAUGGCAGGGAAGCAUGGCAAGAGGAGGAAGCUGGCACCAUGUCCUCACACCAGCAAGGAGGAAGUAAGGAGAGAUGAAUGUCGACAGCUCAGCCAGCCCUCCUGUUUAAUAUAGUCCAGGACCCCAGCCCAUGAAAUGGUGCCACCCACCUUUAAGGUGGAUAUGCCCACCCCAAGUAACCCAAUCUAGGUAAUCCCUCACAGGUGAUUCUAGGUCCUGUCAAGUUGACACUUAAUAUAAACCAUCACACAUGCUGUCCUUGUCACCUCCCAGGAUCCACCACAAUCAUGGUGUCUUCAUCUCCCAGGAUUCAGCAUGUCCAGCGAUGUCCUUACCUUCCAGAAUCUCUUAUUCCUAAUGGUGACACCCCUGCUACAACUGAUGAUGCCAGCAUUUCUCAUGAUGCCCCACUGGAGUUCUGUCAUCGCCUGCCAAGAUCCACUUCAGCCAUGGUGUCUUCAUGCCCCAGAAUCCAUCACAGUAUGGUCCUACCUAUUAAGAUUCACUGCAACCAUAGUAUGAUCACCUCCCAGGACCCACUUCAAUCAUCCACCAUCAUUCAUCAGGAUUUAGUGUAAUCAUGACAUCACAUCCCAGGAACCAUAAGAGCCAGUGUUGACUUCAUAUCCCAGGACCCCAUUUCAAGCACAGUGUCUCCAUGUCCCAGGAUCCAUGAGAGCCAAUGAUGUCAUCAUCGACUGAGGUCCACCAUAACCAUAGUGUCCUUGUUACCCAAGAUCCAUGACAACUAGUGUGUCCGUAGAUUCCAGGAUCUAUGACAAUCAACAUGUCCUCAUCUUCCAGGAUCCACUGCAACGAUGUGCCAUCUGCCAGGACCCACCAUCUUAGGGCCCAAAUACUAUGACAGGGUGUAUUUCAAUUAUCCUCUGGGGUUUCAAGGCACUUAAUCUUGUUUCCUUCAGAGGACCCAGCACAACAUACCAUUUUCCCAUUUCCUGAAAUGACCUAGGAUGGAGCCAGCUGUCCCUCUCUGACAACAUCAGCCCCAACUCUGACCCUUCGUAAUUAUGUCACUGCCUCAUUCCUGACCUACUGGAUGCCUGGAUCAGCCUCACCUUGGACUUGGUCUUGGUCAGACUCCUUUCACCCUUUGGUGAGGGCAUCCAGGCUCCUGCUGGUACUACCACUGCCCCUAACCCAGCCAUCUGAUCGGUGACAGGGUCAAUCCAGUGACCUCUUGGCAGCAGCAGAGGUGGGUGUCACAGCCCUUGGAUGGCAUCAGUGCCCCCCCCACCCAGCCACCCAUUCCCUGUUACCACCAAGAUCAGAACUCACUGGCUUGGGCCAAACCCUUCUCAGAGACUCUUGGCCCUGUGGCAAGAGCCCACAGCUGAUGACCCGUCUGCUGGCCUGGUCCUGGGACAAGGACGCCUGAGAGUAAUGGCUCCUGCCACCUUCAACUGCAGGGUCCAAGGGUGCUCCUUCACUUCUCUCCCUGAUGCACCAGGGAGUAUCUAGGGGCUUCAGGGAGACACCCUCCCCCAACACCCAGUGCACAAUCUGCCCCCAGAUCUUUUUUUGUACAUAGCCAUGUUGCAGGAAGCGGCCACUCCCACACUUAAAGGGCUACACGCCCCCCUCCCAGGCCCUAAGGCGGGGAGGGGGGCUCUUCUCCCUCCUCUGGGCCGCCUCCUUCCUCUUAAUGCCUCCCCCACUAAAAUGCUGGCUCCUCUGCCCAACAUUUCCCUUCUCAGGAGCCUGGAGCAGGUAUUUGGCACUUGACUCCCACCAAGAUGAAGAAACUGAGUUGACCUUCAGAUCGUCUUUGACUUGGGUGCCAGGUUUUCAGUCUCAUUGCCUAUAGCUGCUCUUCUAGUGGGCUCCCCUAUCCCUUCUAGCUCCCCCUCUGCCCCAGUGCCCUUAGACUGUGACUCCUGAAAGGAGCCAGCUGGGACAGCUGCCCAGGCCUGGGCUCCUGGUCCUGUCCGCUCAACAAUCCCAUAGGACUCCACUCAGCUUUCUCCAGCCCCUAGCAUUUUGGGGUUCAGGACCUUUCAGCUUUUGUAUACCCCCCCCCUUCUCUCUCUCUCUCUCUCUCUCUUUCUCAGCCUGAUUCCUUUUGGGAAUCUACCUCCUUCCCAGCUUCUGACCUCCAUUCACCUGCCUAACCCUGGGGACCUUGACUUAGUGUCUCAAUAAAGCCAUAAUGGAGAGAGAGGUCUCAAGGGCGAGCCAGCAAGUUGUGUUCUGCUCGCGCCCCCACCCCCCGCCUCCCCCAUGCUUCUGGAGCUGGGACCUGGCCUUCUGAGUCUUCCCCUCGCUCCCCAGUAUACGCACACAAACAUGCGUGGGCACAGCACACACAGCUGUUCAGGCAAACAUCUCCCCUUGUGGCUGGUGGCCAUAGAGGGGAUGUCCUAGAGAGAAGAUCAACGGUGCAGGAGCAAAGAACCUGCCACACCUCUGCCCUCUUCCUUGCUCCCUACCCCAUUCCUCCCUCCAGUGCUGCUUCUGCCCUCAGCUUCCUAGUGAGGACAGCUGGAGGAGCUGUGACUUGGUAAUUUUUGUUUUGUUUUGUUUUUGGAAUAAAAACCGGUUUCCUCA